ACCCUCUAUUUCUUCAUGUCCUCAUUAUUUCAUCCCGCUCGACAAAAUCCUUCACGGUGUUGCAGGUUAUCAGCUGGGGGCUCAGCUCUGGAUUGGUGGGAAGUACAAUGUGGUUUGGCGUGAAAAUGAUGGACUGGAUUUGACCUGAUCAGUCGACAGUUCUCAGCUGGGUCUUAGCUGUAGUGCAGUCCUACAGGUCUGAAAACUGUCAGUCAUUGGCGUUGUACUUAUCCAACGUAGCACACUGUGGAUUCUGCGAGUGUAUGAAUGUACCAGGGGCUUGAGGAUCUCAUGACUGUAGUGUGGGGAUGUCCCAGCACAGCCUCUUCUGAAUGGUCUGCGGCGAUGUUUCAGCAUUGCAGCUGCUCCGCAGACCCUAUUUUAAUCAUUUUUUCUUAAAGUUUCGGUUUGUCGCUUCGGGUAGCACGACGGCUCAGUGAUGAACAUUGUUGCUUCGUACCUGCAGGGUUAGGAGUUCAAGCCCCACCUUUGCUGUGUGUAUGUGUGUUGUGUUUUUUUGCAUGGUUUCCCCAUGCUGUGUGGAUUUCUUUCGGUUUUCUUCUGCAUCUGCACCUCUUAUUGCUGCGUCUGUCUGCACCUCUUAUUGUCGCGUCUGUCUGUCUUCACCUCUUAUUGCCGCGUCUGUCUGUCUGCACCUCUUAUUGCUGCGUCUGUCUGUCUGUCUGCACCUCUUAUUGCUGCGUCUGUCUGUCUGUCUGCACCUCUUAUUGCUGCGUCUGUCUGUCUGUCUGCACCUCUUAUUGUCGCGUCUGUCUGUCUGUCUGCACCUCUUAUUGCCGCGUCUGUCUGUCUGUCUGCACCUCUUAUUGCCGCGUCUGUCUGUCUGUCUGCACCUCUUAUUGCUGCGUCUGUCUGUCUGUCUGCUCCUCUUAUUGCUGCGUCUGUCUGUCUGUCUGCACCUCUUAUUGCUGCGUCUGUCUGUCUGUCUGCACCUCUUAUUGUCGCGUCUGUCUGUCUGCACCUCUUAUUGUCGCGUCUGUCUGUCUGCACCUCUUAUUGCCGCGUCUGUCUGUCUGUCUGCACCUCUUAUUGCCGCGUCUGUCUGUCUGUCUGCACCUCUUAUUGCCGCGUCUGUCUGUCUGUCUGCACCUCUUAUUGCCGCGUCUGUCUGUCUGUCUGCACCUCUUAUUGCCGCGCCUGUCUGUCUGUCUGCACCUCUUAUUGCCGCGCCUGUCUGUCUGUCUGCACCUCUUAUUGCCGCGCCUGUCUGUCUGUCUGCACCUCUUAUUGCCGCGCCUGUCUGUCUGUCUGCACCUCUUAUUGCCGCGCCUGUCUGUCUGUCUGCACCUCUUAUUGCCGCGCCUGUCUGUCUGUCUGCACCUCUUAUUGCCGCGCCUGUCUGUCUGUCUGCACCUCUUAUUGCCGCGCCUGUCUGUCUGUCUGCACCUCUUAUUGCCGCGCCUGUCUGCACCUCUUAUUGCCGCGUCUGUCUGCACCUCUUAUUGCCGCGUCUGUCUGCACCUCUUAUUGCCGCGUCUGUCUGCACCUCUUAUUGCCGCGUCUGUCUGCACCUCUUAUUGCCGCGUCUGUCUGCACCUCUUAUUGCCGCGUCUGUCUGCACCUCUUAUUGCCGCGUCUGUCUGCACCUCUUAUUGCCGCGUCUGUCUGCACCUCUUAUUGCCGCGUCUGUCUGCACCUCUUAUUGCCGCGUCUGUCUGCACCUCUUAUUGCCGCGCCUGUCUGUCUGUCUGCACCUCUUAUUGCCGCGCCUGUCUGUCUGCACCUCUUAUUGCCGCGCCUGUCUGUCUGUCUGCACCUCUUAUUGGCGCGCCUGUCUGCACCUCUUAUUGGCGCGCCUGUCUGUCUGUCUGCACCUCUUAUUGCCGCGCCUGUCUGUCUGCACCUCUUAUUGCCGCGCCUGUCUGUCACUUGUCUUCCUGGCUCUCUCAGGUACUUGUUUUUUUAGGCAAUUUUUGUUGGCCUUUUUUGCUGAUCUUUUGCGAUUUAGCUUUUCAGCAUAAAGCAUCUGCACGGUUGUAUAAUCUGAGACAGCAGAAUUGCAAAUUGCACCUUAGCCGCAUUUCGGCCUCAUGGCGCAUCCCGGUUGGCCCUGGGCCCGUGGUGUUGGCACACCUUCCUUCAGCAGCUGGUUUUAUCCACUGAUACUUUAAUUGAGCUGGAUAUUUUACUGAAUUAAUUCCGCGGUAGAACAGCAGGGCUCUCUUCCUGCAGCCCUGAAGCCGGCGUUCUGCUGUUCCGACGCUUUGUGUCUGUCUC